AUGGUUUCAUUCCACCCAUGCGGUUGCUACUACCUCAUUCCCAUUAUCCAACCAUGGGGUAAUACGACAGAAAGAAGAUAUCUCCCUCUUCUCUCAUCUUCUUUUCACAGCACAAUCUUGAGCAAUACCUCUCGAACAGUCCUGACGCAAAAGUUUACCAAUUCAUCAACCGACAACAUCAAGGAGUGUAUCUACAACUUUCCUCUCUACGAUGGCGUCAGUGUCGUGAAGUUCACUGCCAAAGUCGGCAAUACCAUUCUUCGCGGUAUUGUGAAGGAAAAGUUUCAAGCGAAGAAAUUGUUCGAUGAGGCUGUCGCGAAAGGAGAGACGGCUGGCUUGCUCGAACAGGCACCGGAAGCCUCAGAUGUUUUCAGUACGAAGUUGGGUAACGUUCCAGCUGGUGAGAGUGUGCUUGUAGAAACAACCUAUAUUGGAGAGUUGAAAGCUGGGAAGAACGAUGGAACAAGAUUCACGAUACCUACGAGGAUUGCACCUCGCUAUGGCCAAGGCCCAUCUCAUAGCAACUAUUCCUUAACUUCAACACAAGAUGCUGGUGGCAUUAAAAUUGUGGUUGACAUCAAUAUUCCUGAUGGAUCAUUCAUCAAAGGAGUGCAAUCACCCUCUCAUCCAAUCGCCGUUUCAAUGGGCACGCUGUCAACCGCUCAAUUAGCAGACCCAGUCAUGAGCAAAGCCUCUGCAACGCUUGCUCUUGGAAGCGCAGAACUCGACAAAGACUUCAUCCUCAUUGUUCAAACUAAAGAGGCCGGACUUCCAAAGGCACUUCUCGAAACCCAUCCAUACAUUCCUCAUCAACGUGCUAUCAUGGCCACGCUAGUCCCCAAAUUCAGUCUUCCGCCUUCUCGUCCAGAAAUAGUUUUUGUCGCUGACAGAAGUGGAAGUAUGGGGGGCAAUAUCCGAAUGUUGAUUUCUGCGAUGAACGUCUUUCUCAAAUCCAUGCCUGCAGGUGUAAAGUUCAACAUCUGCUCGUUCGGCAGCCAUCACUCGUUUUUGUGGCAGAAAAGCAAGAGUUACGAUGCUGAUUCGCUUGCCGAGGCAUCCGCCCACAUCACAACUUUUUCAGCAGAUAUGGGAGGUACUGAAACUUUCAGUGCUGUGAGAGCGACUAUGGAGAGACGCUGGGGCGAUAUUCCCUUGGAAAUUAUGCUACUCACUGAUGGAGAUAUUUGGGCGCAAGAGCAGAUGUUUAGUUAUCUCAAUGGCGAAGUGGAGAAGUCCAAGGGUCAAAUUCGCGUGUUUCCGCUUGGUAUCGGAAACGGUGUGUCUCAUGCUCUUAUUGAGGGUGUGGCGAGAGCUGGCAAUGGAUUUGCACAAGCUGUGCAGAAUGGUGAGCCGCUUGACGGGGCGGUGGUUCGUAUGCUACGUGGUGCGCUCUCACCUCAUAUUACGGAUUAUAGUCUUGAAGUCAAGUAUGAGACAACGGAUGACGAUUUUGAAGUCAUAGAUACUGUGACUGAGGGUAUGAGAGUUCUUCUCAACGAUCCAACGCCAGCGGAAAAAUCAAAGAUCUCCCUGUUCGACUCCUCUGCUGAGCCAGAGAAAGGAGAAGUUACUGCUGGCGAAUUGGACUUGCCAGACAUUCCAAUCCCCAAGCUUCUCCAAGCACCCCACAAAAUCCCUUCGCUAUUUCCAUUCUCUAGAACGUCAGCAUAUAUCAUUCUAUCACCAGAAACCUUCUCUCGAAACCCAACAUCCGUCAUCUUUAAAGCGACAUCCGCCCACGGUCCACUCGAACUUGAAAUUCCAAUCGAAGUGCUCCCCGAGAAAGGACAAACCAUACACCAGCUUGCUGCACGAAAAGCGACACAAGACCUUGAGGAGGGUCGUGGAAGGAUCUUCGAUGCCAAAGAUCAGAACGGAAAGUUCAUCAGUGAAAGAUAUCCAAGUUCUUUCGAGGACAUUGUGAAGCGAGAGGCGGUUCGCUUAGGGGAGCAAUUUCAGGUCGUCAAUAAAUGGUGUUCUUUCGUUGCAGUGGCCGCGAAUGAUAAGCAAAUUCCUGUUGCAAAAGCUGCCCAGGAAGCUGCCAAAGCUUCUACUCAUCCUGGUUUACCAGCCAGAAUGUCAUACGCGGCUCCUGCACCUGGAACCUCCCCCAUCAGUCCAGCGUACAGUCCAUCCGGUGUAGAUGCGCUCCAGGAUUUUGAUUUUGAUUCCUUCCUUCAUGAGGACGAUCAAGCAGUUCUUGUAGAUCACAUGUUCAGUAACGCAAUUCCUCCGCCACCUCCAACCCAAAGUAUUGGGAGUCAAAACACCAACCAUGCUCUGCAAGAUUACCAGAUGCAGCAUAUGUUACUCGAACAGCAGAAUAAAAAUAGAUUACAAAUGCACCGAACAACUGCACAGGGUAGAGUCAUGGGUCAACUGGGUCAACAGGGGGCCAGAGGAGGAGUCGCCGGUAUGCGAGGAGGACGAGGUGGUGGUUUCGGAAUGGCAACGCAGUCUAUGAAUGCAGGACGAAAAUAUAGUGGAGAGUCACAGCAGGGUGCACUACCGCAGAUGGCAAUGGCACCGCAAGUUCCUCAACCUAUGGCUCUGCAACAACAACAACAACAACAGCAACAUCAACAACAAAGCUCUCUGCCACAAAUGGCAUGGGGCGGAAUACCGGCUGGAGGAGCACCCUCAGCUGUUCCUACUGGCCCACCAGUCCAGAGCUUCUGGAACAGAACCACUAACAAUAGAUCCGGAGCCCUUCAAUCUCAUGGCUCACCGUCCAGUCUACCCGCCGCCAAAAAAGCAAAACGCGCAGAGAAAAUGUUCUCUACUAAUGUCUCUGCCUCCUACGCUUCCAACGACCAACAACCGGCUUCUUCCUCAGCCCCUGUAAACUGGACUCUCGCCUCGCCCACAGAAAAAGUCCACGCCCUCCUCGCACUCCAGAAUUUCGACGGCUCCUGGUCUGCGGAGAAGGUGGGUGAGAUAAGCGAGAUUCUGGGUAAGGAAGUAGGUGGGAGUCCUGUAGGAGGGGACUUGGGGACGUGGGUUACGGCUGUUGUGGUUGUGUUUUUGGAGAGGAAGAUGAAGGAUGAGGUUAGUGUUUGGGGAUUGGUGGGGGAGAAGGGACGGGGGUGGUUGGGGUGGGAGGAGGAGGGUGAGGGAGGGAAGUUGGAGGUGGAAGCGGGGGGGUGGGUUGAUGCGUUGGCUUGA